UAGGCUUAAAACGUUUCUUUCUUCAAAACUCAUAGUUAGAGAGGAGCUACGCUGCUACGAGCUGUUUAUACACUAUUACUAUUACUAUUACAACAUGUCCUCUCUCCUGUAGUUUGUCGUUUGUCCUCUCUCUUUUCGUUCCUCUCACCUCCAACCCAUCUCAGCCGAUGCCUGCCCCUCCCAGAGCCUGGUUCGGAUGGAGGUUCUCUGACUGUUCAAAAUUAGUUCUUCCAUCUCACAACCUCUUGUUCACAUGAUCGACUGAUCAUUGGGGUUCGCCCUCUGAUGUUGCCCUGCACUACAAAGCACACUGAGGUUACUAAUACAGUCACUUUAUUUAUGCCAGCCGUCAUCUCUGCUAAAUGAAGUCCGUGAUUUAGACCUCUCCUCCCUGUUUGAAGCAACUGAAUUACGAAUUAUCUGCCAAAUGACAUGUUUUGCUGUGAGGCAGAGACCAUCCAAGAAGUCUAUAUGAGUGAGAUGACCUCCCUGCAUUUUAUUUCAGAUUAGCAGACGUGAGAGAUGCAUUCAUGGGAAAUUGCUAAACGCACCCUCUCCUCCCUCUCAUUCAGAUAUGGUCACUUCCGGCUCUUUAACACGACCAGACUCAAGUCGGGGAUGUUAUUGCUGUUGCGUACUUCUUUUAAGUACAGUGUAUGAACAUGCUCAGUGGUAAACAGUCAGAGGAAUGACCUUUGCAUUAAGUCAUGCACCUUUACAGAAUAUAAUGCAUUGGUGCAAAUAAACAGGCGCAUAAAGAAGGUAAAAUGAGCCAUUUGCUGCUCACAUAUUUCCCCCCUCUUGUUGUAAAUCGGUGCGAGAUGAAUCAAAGUGACGUUCAGUCCUCUUGCAGCUCUUCAGUCCUCCUGUAGGAGGCGCAGCUCAUUACAAACGACCGAGCCUGGAGUGUCGAGGCUCGUCUGUUGUUCGUGUUUCUCCGUCCGCUUAUUGAUCAGCAGAUUACUGUUUACAGCGGAAGCUCCACAUCCGGGAUGUAGAGGAGCCCGCCCCCUCCCUGCUGCAGCAGCAUCCUCUCAUCCGGCAGACAGACAAGUGGAGCUCCUCCCGCAGACAGACAGGUGGAGCUCCUCCCGCAGACAGACAGGUGCACGGACAGACAGGUGGAGCUCCUCACGCUGCAGUGAUGUCGGUGUCUCCCGGCCUUGCCGACCUCUCCCGCCUGUACCAGACUGAGUUUGUGCGGAGCGCCCGGGCCGUUGGCGUCCUCUGGGCCGUCUGCACUCUUUGCUUUGCCAUCAUCCAGGUGGUUAUCCUGGUGCAGCCGUCCUGGAUCUGCACCACAGACGUUCGCCCUCAGCAGGCGGGACCAGAGCCACCCAGCGGCACACUGGGACUGUUUGAGGUGUGCAUGGAGUCAGACUGGCCGGUCCCAGACUGUCACGGUGGUCUGUCCACUCUGUCUCCACUGCCGUCCUUGCAGUCGGUGGCGGUGUUGGUGGGGGUGUCUCUGUUGGCGGUGUGGACCAGCGUCCUCUGUCUCUGUCUCUUCAGGUUCUGCAGCGCCGCAACGGUUUACAAGAUCUGCGCCUGGCUGCAGCUGACUGCAGGUUUUUGUCUGGCGUUGGCGUGUCUUCUGUUUCCUGACUCAUGGGAGAGUCAGGAGAUGAAAGCUCUGUGCGGAGACUCGGUGGGCAGCUUCUCUCCAGGUAACUGCUCAGUUCACUGGGCCUACAUUCUGGCCAUCCUGGGAGUUCUUGAUUAUGCCAUCUUGGCCACACUGGCCUUUGUCCUCGCCAACAGACAGGACGCCCUACUUCCACCAGACACCCAGGAAGUGACCACAGGUCUGCUGAUGACGGCAUGAAUCAGCAGGGAUGUCCGGUCUUCAUUUCUUCAACUCUGCCCGAUCUCUUCAUCCUCCAUCAUCAUCAUCAUCAUCUGUUUCUGCAUUUCAUGGCACGACUGUCUCCUUCAGCUGCAAUCGUUCAUUGCUGCAUGAUGUUUCCAGGAGGAGUUGUUUAGUGUUGAACAGAGGAAUGUAACAACAGGAGGAAAGAGGCGCUGCGGUGGUGAGUUCGGUGUUCGGGACAUUCGGUCGCUGUUCAGUCGAAGAAAAAUGGUGAGAAAACGAGCGGGAUGGAGUAAAUCAAAGGAGAACUAAGCCCCUUUUAGACCUGCAGUUUUUAUCUUCACUCUCACAUUAGUGUUACUGUCGUAACACCUGUGUCAGCAGGCUGGACGCACCUUGAACAGAUGCCGUCAGCACAGGUCAUUUGAGUCACAGGUGAUUUUUUUUUAAGUAACCACUGGGAGCAAAAUGAAGUGUUGGUACUCGAUGAGCACAGUUAAUAGAUUGCUACAUAGUAACAUUUCUAUCUACAGUGUGGCAACCAUCAGGACAACUUUAAAACAGAAACAAAGUCAUCCCACACAUUAAAUUAAAAUAUAUUUGGGAUAUUUUGUAGAAAAAAUAAAGUCAGCAAAUUUCUCUCCCAACUUCCUGUUCUGUCAAGCCAUCCUUUUAGCUUAGUAUGAGCAUUAUCUUAUGGUCCAUUAAGCCUUAUGUUUUAAAAUUAAAUACGAAAGUUGUCGAAAAUCUGCUUUGUAGUUAAAAGUUAAAAAUCCAGUUAGCAGCCUAGUGGCCUGGUGUUGAAUAUUCAUGUUAAACAUGAUGUUGUAAAGGUAAUGUAAAGGUAAUCCCUGUGACUUCCCCGCAAAUUUCAAGAUGAACAUGUGGCCCAGCAGUGAGAAGCACAAUUGUUAGGCAGUAUUAUUGUACCCUUAAAUUUAGAGGACGUGGUCUUGCUUGGCAGUUAACUGUCGCUGUUUUGUUCUCUGAA